AUGUCAUUUGGAUUAGAGAGAUCAACUUCUAGUCAUACUGUAAACUAUUUAAUGGAUAAUAACAAUAAAAUGAUGAAUAGUAAUAGUAAUAGUAACAAUAAUAACAAUGGUUACGUUGCUAAUGCAGGAAUUAAUUAUAAUUUCAAUCUACAAUUGAUUCCAAAGAAUGAUAUUGAAAAUAAUAAUAUUACUGUAAAUAAUGAUUUAACAGGGAAUACGUUAAUAGAUGAAAUUGACCCACAAUAUCAAUUUCAAUCAAGUACAAUACCUGCGACCACAAAUAAUAUAAUGAAUUAUUCUAAUAUGUCCCCAUCCAUAAUGACUAAGACGCUUUCAAUAAAUAAUAACAAUACUUUGAACAGUAGUAAUAACUAUAAUAAUGGUAGAAGACUCUCGAUAUCAAAUUAUAAUUUUGAUAAUGCUAAUUAUUAUGAAUAUGAAGAUUUUGAAAUGAAAUUACAAUUGGGUAAUAAUAAUGGAUAUAUUGGAGUAAUAGAUCAAUCACAAUCAAAACAAUUAGACCAAGUUCCAUAUCCUUCAACAACAGUAAGACAAUUACCAUUGACUCAUCAUGAAAUUGAUUUAGAAAAUUAUGAUAUUAAUGAUGAGGUUAGUAUUGAUAAUAAUAAUGAUGAUGAUGAUGAUGACGAAUCUAUGGGAAAUGAAACUGAUAUAGAUAUGAUGGAUAACGAUCUGCCGGAUAUUGCAUUCGAUUCAAUAAUUGCAACUACAACUACAAAUAAUGGAACGUCGAAGAAGAGAAUGCGUGACUAUUUCAAAUUUAAUUUGUUCAAUUCUAAUAGUAAUGGCAAUAAUAACAACAACAACAACAAUAAUAAUAAUAUGGAAUCUGAAAUACUAUUAAAGAAUGAUGAAACUAACUCACAAUUGAACGAUCAAUUCACGUUGAAGAAGAAAUCCUUCUGGAACCCUAAAAACACACCUUUCUUAAGACGUUACAAUAGUAAGAAUAAAAAUGAUGAUGAUGACGAAGAAGAAAACGAUAUAGAUAUGAAUGGAAUGAAAAAAGAAUUGGAAUUGUCCGAUUUUUUUGAUAUAGAUACAUCUACUGUUUUACCUGCCGUCAUUACUAGUGUCCCACGCCAGAAACCAAUGUUCAAGAAUGGACUGAAUCCAAUGGUUAUAAUGGAUCCAUCUCAACCGAUUACCGGCAUGACAUCUUCUUCUUCUUCAUAUGCAUUUGAGAAUAUAUCCUCUGUAAAUGCUGACGCAAAUUCAUCUUCCCCAGUGAUGACUAUUGCGCCAUCACUUGUUACAAACGAUGAUGUCUCUAGCUCGGUGACAGAACCAAUCAAAUCCAUGAAUCCAUUUGAACAGGAUAUCAUGAAUUAUUACGAUAUUAGUAAUACUGGUAAUACGACCAUGGAACGAUCACCUAUCGUUGUUAUAAAAGAAGAAGAUGACGAUGAGGAAGAAAGUACGGUUGAUCCUAGUGUAGAAAGCAAUACACAAUCUGACACCCUGGUCAUACACGAACCACCACAAACAAUGAAGAGAAGGGUCUCAAAUACAAUGCCAAAAACAAGAGGUCGUAAACCUUCUUUGAUCCCAGAUGCAAGUAAACAAUUCUGUUGUGAUUAUUGUGACAGGAGAUUUAAAAGACAAGAACAUUUGAAGAGACAUAUCAGAUCCCUACAUAUUUGCGAAAAACCUUUCACUUGUCAUAUUUGUCAGAAGAAUUUCAGUAGAAGUGACAAUUUGAAUCAACAUAUAAAGACUCAUACUCAUGAUGACGAGUAA